UUUCCUCGCGCGAAUAACGACGAAAACACAGCUUGCGAUUUUCUAUCUUUAUGAUGACUGAACAGUUGUACACUGUGAUCUAGACAAAUGACUUGUUAAUUACGAUAAUAAUGAGUGUUUGUUCAGGUUUUAGACAUCUUAUUUGAUGGUCAUCAACAUCUGAGAAUGACAAGUUCGUAAUUGAAGUCUGUCACACACUUCAUUUGGGUCACGAGCAAAAGUGAUUUGGCCCCUCGCGAGCGCGAGGAUUUUUAAUCCUGUAACUUGUUAGUUCUAGAUAACUAACGCGUAAACUAGCUAGCUAAACUAGUUAUUUGCUGGCUAAAGGAAUACGCUAAUGUUGGAGGUCUUAUAACAAGGUUGAUCAUGUCAAAAGGAGCUAGAGAAGGCUUCGUUGUGAAGUUUGUAGAAGUCAAUGGACGAAAGACGGACCUUGCUGUCAAGGCCUAUGAGGCCAUCAUGGAGCUCCAGUCUGAGAAGUACUUGAAGACCAUCGAUGAGGAGGAGGCAUUACAGCUGGACCACAAUGACAAGUCUUUGUUCGUCUUCAGUAGCUUCGCCACCCCAGCCUUCCACCACUGUAAAAAGCUGGGCUGUCGAGUGGUGAGUCCACUAGUGGUGCUCUUCUGCCUGCAGCAGCAACGCUGUGUACCCAAAGCAGAGGAGCCCGUCUACAACAUGGCCAUGGCUGAUGUCACCAUCUCCUGCACCAGUCUGGACAAGGUGGCUAGGGCUAAUGUGAUGGAUCUGGUGCAGCUGAUGGGAGGGAGGGUCUACCGGGACCUCAACAUGUCAGUCACUCACCUGGUCGCCGGGGAGGUUGGCAGCAAGAAGUACCUGGUGGCUGCUAGCCUGGGGAAGCCCAUCUUACUGCCCACCUGGGUCAAAACCUGCUGGGAGAAAUCACAGGACAGCCUGUUCAGACACACUGAACUGCCCAUAGAGGACUAUGUGUGCCCUGUGCUCCUCGGCUGCACCAUCUGUGUCACAGGCCUCUCCACGGUGGAGCGUAAGGAGGUGCAGAGGCUCUGCCAGCAGCACGGUGCCAGCUACACAGGACAGCUCAAGAUGAACGAGUGCACCCACCUCAUCGUCAGCAAGCCCUCGGGUCAAAAGUACGAGUGUGCACAGAAGUGGAAUGUCUUCUGUGUAUCUCUGCACUGGCUGUUUGACAGCAUCGAGAAGGGCUUCUGCCACGACGAGAGCCGCUACACCGUGGAGCGAGAACCUCAGAAGGCCGGCCGACCCCAUACCUCCACCCCCACCGUCACCAGCAAGAAGAAAGCGGAGUCCCUGCUGGGGUUGAGCCACAUCUCUGUGAACACCAGCAUGACGGUGAAUGACACGGCCAUGACCAAUGCCACGGUCAGCCGUCUGGACACACCAGAUCCCAUUGACGCUCUGGACAGCACAGUCUGCCCCACAGAUGACCUGCUGGACGGCUGCAAGUUGCACCUGUGUGGUCUGCCAGGGAAGCGGAUGGAGAAGCUGAGUCGGCUGGUCAACAUGGCCGGGGGCCUGCGCUUAAACCAGCCCAGCGAGGACCUCACCCACGUGGUCAUGGGAGACCAAGACCAGGACACCAAGACCUUCCUGGCCAAAGCCACACACAGGCCUCAUGUGGUGACGGUGCAGUGGCUGCUGGACAGCUUCUCCAGAGGCAGCCUGCUCCCCGAGGGGGACUACCACCACCCGGCCUGUCUGCCUCCUGCCCCUGCAGCCAUGGCCAUGCUUGCCCCCCGCACCUCCGCCUCCCACCCCUCUUCCACCUCCUCAGCCGCUACCCCCGAACCCGCUACCCCCCGACACAGGAAGGCUGAAGAGGACAUGCUCUCUCAGUACAUGGAUGAUGACCCGAGAGAGGUGGAGAUGCCUCCUCCAGCUGACAGUAGCAGCCACAGAAGGCAGAGUGCUGCAGCACUGGAGCCCUGGGUCUCAGCCCCAAACCAGUCUACUACUGCAGCCGGGGGUGGGGCCGGUUCUGACUCCACCCUGCAGGAGGCCAGCGAGGCGGGCCUGUUUGCGGGAAAACAAUUCCUCCUGGUGGGCUUCGAGGCUGAGAUGGAGGCCCAGCACUCCAUGCUGGUGACGGAGAACUGUGGGAAAGUGCUGGUGCAGCACACACGGGCGGUGGCCGACUACGCUGUGGUGCCCCUGCUGGGCUGUGUGGUGGAGGCCACUGUGGACGAGGUGGUCACUGAUACCUGGCUGGCCAUGUGUGUGGAGCAGCAGUGUGUGUUAGAGCUGGGCUCCCACCCCCUUUUCAGCCCUGUGCCAGUGAUGGAGGGCUGCUCCCCGCUCAGAGACUGUGUCCUCUCAGUCAGCCAGUUCACCGGGGCGGAGAGGGAGUCCCUGGUAGAGCUGGCCAAACACCUGGGAGCCAGUGUCCAGGACUACUUUGUGCGCAUGGCCAACCAGAGGAAGGGCAUGCUGGCCAGUACCCACCUAGUGCUGCAGAUCCCCGAGGGCACCAAGUACCAGGCGUCCCAGAAGUGGGGGCUGCCUGCCGUCACCCUGCUCUGGGUGCUGGAUUCUGCCAGGACGGGCCGGAGGGCAGAGGAGGGUCGCUACCUGGUGAACUUGCCUCCUACUCCAGAGAGAGAAGACGAGAGUUUUGUGGGGGGCUCCCAGAAGCCGUCCAUGCUCCCUCCCCCGUCCCGUAUCAAGUCCCCAGAGAUCCCCCUGCUGGGCCCCCAGAGGGGGGCGGCCGUCACCCCCCUGGACAUGGGCCGCUUCCAGAGUAAAGUGUUCCGCUCCGUGCUGGAACAAGGCCCGCCAGAAAAGGACUGUACCACCCCGAGAGGCCAGGAGGGGGGCAAGAAAUCAGGGGGGCAGAAAGACUCCUCGGCGCUGCAGGUGGACACCCCCUCCCGCUUCCUUUGUCGAGACCAGCUCUUCAGACCCACCUUCAACGUCAAGGAUGCGUUAGCGGUGUUGGACACGCCAGGGGGCAGGACUCAGCAGGGUCAGACCACGACCCCGCUGUCCGAGGUCAUCGGGAGGAACCUGAAGGUGGCCCUGGCCAACAGCACCCGCAGUCACACCCCUGACCUCCAGGCUCUAACAGCUAGCCCCCAGCUCAGCAAGGAGACACACAGAGAGGUGGAGGAGAAGGAAGCUGCUCCCCUGGCUGGCGUGGUGAUCUGUGUGAGUAAGAAACUUAGUAAGAAGCAGGGAGAGCUCAACGCCAUCGCUGCCUCACUGGGAGCUGACUUCAGGUGGUCGUGUGACGACACGGUGACUCACUACAUCUACCAGGGUCGUGUGGGGGACAACACGCGGGAGUACAGGGCUGUGAAGGAGAGAGGGGUGCAUGUGGUGUCCCAGCACUGGCUGCAUGCGUGUGCUGAGGAUCAGAGGCACGUGUCUGAGUCUCUCUAUCCAUUCACCUACAACCCCAAGAUGAGCCUGAACCUCAGCCAGGUGCCUCCUGACAGUAGCCAGAGGUCUCCCCCUGCCACCCGUACCUCACAACUUGGAGACCUCACUGAGGCCCAAAAGAACAAGCCUGAAGACACCACUACAUCCCACCGCAUCAGUGAAGGAGAGACUGACACAGAGCAGGGCCAGGACAAUACAGAGAGGAGAGACCUGUCUGAAACCCUGGAGAUGAGGAAGAACCUCCAGAGGCAAUUGCAGGAGAUCAUGUCAGCCACCAAGAUGGCUACUGGCCGGCGCUCCUCGGCCCGCCUCACCCGCCUGUGCUCCGGGGGUUCCGACUCUCAACCCCACACCCCCGACAGGCAGGCCCGCAUGGGCCGCAACGCAACCGGCCGACGUACCCUGGAGGCACUGAGGAUGUCUCGUCAGGCAGCCAUGGACCUGAACACAGAGCCGUCUCAGAGUGAGCAGAUCGUGUGGGAUGACCCCACGGCCCGGGAGGAGAGGGCCAAGCUGGCUGACAACCUGCAGUGGCCCGGCAGCCCCUCCCAGCACUCUGAACCCCUUGCUGUACCCCUAGCAGCAUCCCUCUCCCACUCUGACCACGCCGGAAACACCCUCAGGGACUCCAUGACCGACUCUGAGCUGGUGGAAAUGGCGGUGUGUGAUGUGAUUGACCAGCAGAUGGGUCAGAGGGUGAUGACCCCACCAGUGGAGGAGCCAGAGCCUGACCUCCUCACCACUAAAGCCCCAAGCAUCGCCUUCCCUCUCACCAACUCUCCUGUGCCCCCAGAGCCAAAGACUAAAGAGGAGAGCGAGGCGAAGAAGGAGCCUCCUCGAUUCCAGCUGUCCUCCCUUAACCCCCAGGAGAGGAUAGACUACAGCGCCCUCAUAGACGAGCUGGGUGGUGUGGUGCUGGACAAGCAGUGCUUUGACCCCAGCUGCUCCCACAUCAUUGUGGGGACCCCCCUGAGAAAUGAGAAGUACCUGGCAGCCAUGGCCGCGGGGAAGUGGAUCCUGCACUGCUCCUACCUGGAGGCCUGUCGCUCCGUGGGACACUUCAUCCAGGAGGAUGAGUAUGAGUGGGGCAGUAGCUCCAUCCUGAACGCCCUACUGUCUAUCAGCUCCCAGCAGAAGAGGCUGGCGUUGGCCGCCAUGCGCUGGAGGAGGAACCUGCAGGACCGCAACAACCAGGAGGGAUCAUUCAGCGGUUGGACCGUCAUGCUGAACAUGGACCGGACCAGAGAGUCAGGGUUCAGACGACUCCUGCAGUCUGGUGGAGCAAAGGUUCUCCCCAGUCCCUCUCCAUCUCUGUACAAGGGAACCACCCACCUGUUUGCAGAGUUCAGUCGGUUGAAGCCGGGAGACUUCCGGGUGGAUGUGCCAGAGGCCAUGUCCCAGGGGGUCAAAUGCCUAAAGCCAGAGUUCAUCGCAGACUACCUCAUGCAGGAGCCUACUCCACCAAUAGAGAUGUACUAUCUGCCUGAAGCUGCCCAAUGUCUGCCAGCGGCCACAGAUGCCAGCGGCGCCACCCCCUCCCGCAAGCGCAAAGCAUCAGGAGAUUCCUCAAAGUUGAAGAAGACCCGCCUCAAGUGAAAACAUUGUCAUUUAGAGCUUUGGCGUCAACUAGUAAAUUCCAUCAUUUUAGAAACGCCCCUGCAAGCCAUAAUGAUAUGUCUGUAAAUAAGAUUGUUUUGUUAGUUGAAUGAAAAUAAAAUGAAUGUG